AUGAAAAUUGUCCUUAAUCAAAGGGUCUUCAAUGGAGCUUUCGGAUUACCUGAUGGUAAGCAAUCAGCGCCGCCCUUGGACACCUGCAACAAUAGAGGAGUUACGAGUGCUGCAGAUAAUUUAGGGAUUAGGGUGGGAUUGGAGGUGGAAAAUAUGGAUUGGACCUACGCAAACAUUGAAAGCCAUCGCAGGAUAUACUUAAAUGAAAAUGAUAUUCUAUCAGAGCAGUUUCUCAUCGAUUGCGAUGUUAUGCAAGAUGGAUGUGCUUACGGAUCCCUCAUCCAAUCGUUUGCAUUAGCCAGUAGGCUGCGCGACAUUGCCGCGUCCGCGCACCCUGCUCAUGAUGAAGAACCCCUUUGUGGUUCGAAAUUAGUAGAGCUUUUCUCAGUAUACUCACAUAUCACACAAAAUUAUAAACUUAAAAAAAUACAUUUUAGAAAUAUUGCAACAACAUUUGGAGGCGUGCUUCGUGAUGAAGAUUACCCUGGCUAUUCUGAUAGAAAAGAGGAGUGUCGGUGGCAGAAAUAUAAAGGUUUCUCCUAUUUCCAAGUAUCUCCAAGUCCAAAAGCAAUACCCGUUGUAGGGUUCCGAAGAGUCAACCCUGACGAAUCCAUCAUGGCGUACUAUAUCUACACACAUGGUCCUCUUUCCGCAGAUCGCAAACGAGCAGACGGAUUACCUGAUGGUAAGCAAUCAGCGCCGCCCAUGGAUACCCGCAACGGAGGAGUUACGACAAUCAACUCGCAAUCCAUGGUUCGGUACAAGGGAGGCAUAGAUGAACCGACAGACAAGAACUGUAAUCCUAGUAUUCUGAACCAUGCAGUCUUGAUCGUUGGAUAUAAUGUUUACAUAUCUGAAACCGGCAAACGAACUCCUUACUGGAUAAUAAAGAACUCGUGGGGUACUGAAUGGGGCGACUAUGGAUUCUACUACUUGGUGCGCGGGCGCAAUGCAUGCGGCAUCGCUAGUGAUGUAUCAUUCGCUUACGUCGCAUGA